AUGUCAUCCAUCUCGACACCGCCUAGCCAUUCCAUCUCGACAUCGCCUAGCCAUUGGCUCUCUGAAUGUCUCUGCGAGCUGAUGGCAUCUCCACAUGUCUCCAUGCCACCACAUGGGGGCAUGCGACUUGGUCCUGGGCCUAUGGACGUUUUCACCACGCGGUUCGAGCAGUACUUCACAAGCACAGCUCACGGGACCAUCUGUGGGCAUCCGGUGGACAGGGAAGGUUUGAAGGAAGGUCUCCUAGCCUUGCAGAAGAGGUGGACUCCCGAGGAUGUGAAGGUCGAACAGGAGGGGAACGAUUGCUUACUGCAACACGAUGUGGUAUGUCCGCUUGCUCGUUCCGUAUACGGCACGAUUGCAUGCUAA